CUGAAAACACACAUUAAAAUAACUGCACUCAAACUUUACCACGACUAUGGAACCCACUGUGCAUUCAAUCUUCGAGAAACGAACAUCCACCUGGCAGUAUAUUGUGGCAUGCCCGGAAACGCGCGAAGCAGUCAUUAUCGACCCGGUACUGGACUAUAGCCAGGAGCACCUAACGAUCAAUACAACCUCCGCCGAUAGCCUUCUAGAUGUGAUCAAUUCACACAACUACAAAGUAGUCCGCCUCCUCGAGACCCACGCUCAUGCCGAUCAUCUUACCGCAGCUUCUUACCUCCAAUCACGACUACAGGCGCAUGGUACCAAAGUUCCUGUGUGCAUAGGACGAAGGAUUCGCCUGGUCCAAGACACAUUUGCGAAGCGAUAUGGUGUCCAGGCUGAUGAACUAGACCAUGCGUUCGACCAUCUACUAGCGGACGAUGAGACCUUCCCUAUUGGCAACCUCACAGCAAAAGUCCUACAUUUGCCGGGCCAUACCCCCGACCAUGUGGGCUAUUUCAUUGGUAGCAACGUGUUUGCAGGCGACUCUAUAUUCAAUCCGGACGUUGGUAGCGCUCGCUGUGAUUUCCCUAACGGAGACGCUGAAGCUUUAUAUCAAUCCAUGCAAAAGCUGCUCGAGCUCCCUGCAGAGUUCAAACUGUACACCGGCCAUGAUUAUCCGCCAUCUACAUCGUCCACGAGUCGAGAGCCCAUGCCUUUUGCGACCGUGAAAGAGCAGCGAGAAAGAAAUAAACACGUAGCAGGGAGCCGUGAGGAGUUUGUUGCAUGGAGGCAGACCAGAGACUCGGGUCUACAGGAGCCAAGACUCCUUCACCAGGCUUUACAGAUCAAUAUUCGCGGAGGAAAGUUGCCUCGGAGCCCCGAUGGUAGCCGGAGGAUCUUCCUGCAGGUUCCUGUUACAUUGCCGGAGAAUUUGGCUUAGUUGAGCUAGUGUAC